AGAUGACAUGAGCUCAACAACUGCUUGCGUCUGCACUGUUUUGUGCACGCGGUGUGACGCAGUGCGCAUGUCAGUUGUUGGCCAGUGUGUUGUUAUUUGGAAGGCGCUCCGAGCAGAACUGAAGGGACUCAGGAUGCUGCGACUGAGGUGCAAGGCCAAGAAUGGAACCCAUCUGAUGCAAGGCCUCACGCACCAGUCCUGUGUCCAAGAGCUGAAAACCAAGGUAGAGGAGCUAACUGGAAUUCCAUGCGACGUUCAGAAGAUCAUGGUGGGCUACCCACCAUCCAGCUUGGAUCUUCGCAAUGGAGAUGCUCACCUAAAAGACUACCCUAUAAAAUCAGGAGACACUCUGAUUGUAGAAGAAGAAAAGAACAAACCAAAAGUCCAGACUAAUGCUGCUCUAACAAAAGUCCCAUGCCUAAAUUCUUCUCCUGUUCUGGAGCGCCGAGUGGUUCCUGCUGACAACUCCUGCCUCUUUACGAGUGUGAACUACGUGGUGGAGGGGGGUGUGUAUGAUCCAGCCUGCGCACCCGAGAUGCGCGGCCUUAUCGCCCAGAUCGUGGCCAGUGACGCAGCUGCCUAUUCAGAGGCAGUACUGGGCAAAAGCAACGACGAAUACUGCACCUGGAUCCGGCGUGAUGACACGUGGGGGGGUGCUAUUGAGGUCUCCAUCCUGUCCAAGUUUUACCAGUGCGAAAUCUGUGUCGUGGACACGCAAACUGUUCGUGUGGACCGAUUUGGCGAGGAUGCUGGCUACCAGAAACGUGUCUUGCUUAUUUACGACGGAAUCCACUACGACCCGCUGCAGAGGGCAACGCCUGGCUCGGACAUCCCACCGCAGACUGUCUUCUCCACUACCGACGACAUCAUCCUCGCGCAGGCCCUGGAGCUGGCUGACGAGGCAAGGAGCAAGCGGCAGUACACGGACGUCAACCGCUUCGCGCUGCGCUGCAUGGUGUGCCAGACCGGCCUGGUGGGACAAAAGGAGGCGAGAGAGCAUGCCAAGGAGACGGGUCACACCAACUUCGGCGAAGUGUAACAGUUCGCUUUGGAUCACCUUUACUGUGCCCUCCCACUGCCACUCGGUAUAUGUUCUCACCUGAACCCAAACCCAAACUAAUUCACAGUUGUGUGUCUCAGCUUGGUGCCGUUUUCUACCUCACAAUGUGUUUUAACCCAAAACCCCCAACUUUUCAGUAUUAAUUACAACUCUUGGUCAACACUGGGUUUUUGACAUUCUUGAGCAUUACGUUUUGGUGUGUAUUAUCAGCACAGUAUUGCAACAACACCUUUUUAUUUUUGAUAUGUAGCAAUUGAGUUUAUUGCCUAAUGAGGAGUGAGCCUUUUAUUCAAACCAAAAUGUCAAACAUUGCCUUCGUUAUCAGUGUUUAAAACUUGCAACACUACUAUUGCAUAGUUGAUAGCCUUGCUGUAUUUGUGUGAUUAUUUCUUUUCUCAAUUUUAAGGUUAUAUUGCACAUUUCCGAACAAUCGAUGGCACUGAAUGGUCUUAAAAGCUCACUGGCUCAAUAAUAACUGUUACUUGAAAUAGUCGCAAAGAUCAGACAGUGAGGAGCAUUCUGUAGUUGUUUAUGAUUUUUUUUUUAACAGGUAGCUUCUCAUGCAUAAAGUAUUUGAAAAGCAUGGGUUGUAGUUUUAGUUAGGCUUCUGAGAGAGUGGAUUGUGUAACAAAUGGUGCUGAUUGUGGACUCACAUUAUAAACAUUAUAUAGUAUAGUGGUGUGGAUUUACGUUCCAAACUGCACUGUUUUUAUUGUUUGUACAACUGGCCAUGCAAAACACCUUUAUGCAAGUGGCUACGAAACGUUUUUGCCAAGAUUGAUUUUUUUUCUUUCCUUCAGUGAAGAAUUGUGUCAUAUCAGAUUUUUUGAAGUGCUUGAAAACACUGGGGUAAAUGUCGCUGGACUUGGUGACCUAGCCUAGUACAGUAAGUAGUAUGAGUGGUUAAACAAUACAUUAAUACAUAGAAUGUAUUUUAGUGCUGGUGAUAACUGGAAAUACAAUACAUUUGCAGUCAGGUACUGUCCACGCAAGGCUUUGUAUGUUAUUUUAUUAUUUGGAUAGUGGGAUUGGAUGAUGUUAAGCUUUAAACAUCAUCACUGAGCAGAGCUCUAAACAGGAAGUUAAUGAAGUAAUGGUUACACCAUAAAUAAAGGAUGAAUUGAUACA